GCGAGUGAAAAUCGAGUCCACAUCUGUCAAAUUUGGGAGUGUUUUUACUUGCGUUCCCGUGAAGUUCAGUUUUUUUGGGAGGAAAACCGCUCAUUUCCUGCCGUUUUCUAGAUUUGUGUUAACCCGGAUGUUCCCUUGAUUGUGUUUUGACCAAUUCUCGCAACGAUCGACCGCUCUGUGUGCAGUUUUUACGGAUGUGUGUUUAGCUAGCGAUUUUAUCGAAAGAGGGCGAGUGUGCGAAGUGGGGGAGCUAGAGGAACACCUACAAAAAAUCCGCAAGAGGAUCCGUUUUUACGACGAUUUCAUCAACGGGGACAAAUGCCACAGCCGGACCGGGACAGUGAAGGCAACAACAAAAUGACGAUGAAUGACGACGGGAAUGGUACGGGUAACUCUGCUGUAACAAACUCGGCCAACAACAAUUCACUUUCGACAAAUGCAACAACAAAUGGAACUAACGGAGGAGGAGAAGGAGGAACAGCAGCAGCAGCAGUCAUUGGAGCUGGCGUUAACAACAAUGGCAGUAUACUGAACAAUCUGGAUAGAAGGCCGGCGAACAACAACGGUAGCAAUGGAACAAGCGCCAGUCCCCGGUUCAUCAUUCCGAAAUCGAACGAGAUCGAAACGCUCCCCCAACUGAAGGACGCUCCGCCGAGUGAAAGAGAAGAGCUGUUCGUUCAAAAGCUCCGCCAGUGUUGUGUAUUGUUUGAUUUUUCCGAACCACUGAACGACCUGAAGAACAAGGAAAUUAAACGUUGCGCUCUGCAGGAAAUGGUCGAGUACCUUAGCACCCAACAGCAGGUGAUUACGGAACCAAUCUAUCCGGAAGUCGUUCAAAUGGUUGCGGUAAACCUAUUCCGGACCUUGCCGCCUUCGUCCAAUCCGAACGGUGCUGAAUUCGACCCGGAAGAGGAUGAACCUACGCUAGAAGCUAGCUGGCCCCAUCUCCAGUUUGUGUAUGAACUUUUUUCGAGGUUUCUUGAAUCGACAGACUGCCAGGCGAGCGUGGCCAAACGGUUCAUUGAUCAUAGUUUUACUCUGAAUCUACUGGAUUUGUUCGAUUCCGAGGAUCCACGGGAACGCGAUUUUCUAAAAACUGUCUUGCACCGGGUGUACGCAAAAUUUCUCGGUCUGCGAGCUUUCAUUAGGAAACAAAUUAACAACAUAUUUUACAAGUUUAUCUACGAAACGGAACACCACAACGGAAUUGCUGAGCUGUUGGAAAUUUUGGGCAGUAUUAUAAACGGUUUCGCUUUGCCACUGAAGGAGGAGCACAAGCAUUGUUUGCUCAAAGUACUGCUGCCGUUACAUAAGGUUAAGAGCUUGUCGGUGUACCAUCCCCAGCUGGCGUACUGUGUGGUCCAGUUUCUGGAGAAGGAUCCUAGUUUGACUCAACCGGUCAUUAAAUGUUUGCUGAAAUUCUGGCCCAAGACGCAUAGUCCAAAGGAGGUGAUGUUUUUGAACGAGCUGGAAGAGAUUUUGGAUGUUAUCGAGCCGGCAGAGUUCCAGAAAGUGAUGGAGCCUCUGUUCCGUCAGAUAGCCAAGUGUGUUUCGAGUCCACAUUUUCAAGUUGCUGAAAGGGCUUUGUACUACUGGAACAAUGAGUAUAUUAUGUCGCUGAUUUCGGAAAACUCCAAGGUAAUACUCCCGAUCAUGUUUCCGGCUCUGAACAGCAAUUCAAAAACACAUUGGAACAAGACCAUCCACGGGCUGAUUUACAAUGCAAUCAAACUUUUCAUGGAAAUGAAUCAGAAGCUGUUUGACGAAUGUCACCGGAAAUUCAAGGCCGACGAGCAGAACGAGAUGGAAAAACUGAAUCGACGGGAAGAGCUUUGGAGGCAGGUGGAAGAUCUUGCUCGGCAACAUCCUGUCUAUCCGCAGUUUGCUCUCACGGAUGAUGAUGAUGGCACAGUUGCUUCCGGUGGCGAGCUGGCUCUCGCUGGUUCGACGAGCUCAAUGGACAAGGACAAGGAUUCGAUUGUAGGUAGAUCGUACAAUAGCAACAACAGCACUAGAUCACCGGUGGUCCAGCAGAAAACCUAAGACCGUUCCGACUUUUGCUACAUCUUUACAUUUUUUCUGUUUUAGCAAGUACCUUUUUUAAUCAUGAGAGCAAACAGAAAGUUUGCAGACGAAGAAUUCUUUGAGAGCGUUGCGUAUAUAUGUUUUUAACACUGAAGAAAAGAUUACUAAUGUAGGUAAAAAUAAAGAAAACAAGAGUAUGAUCAAUUUAGAAACUAUAUUUAAAAACAAACACGCUAAGCACACGCGCGUAGCCUAUGAUAUAUAUAUAUAUAUAUAUCCGAGAAAUGUGCAGUAUGAUAAGAAGAUAGGAACUAUACUGAUCUAAUUGGUCUACCUAUUUGAUGCUUACACACUGCUGCACGGAGGUACGCAAACAUACAAACACUAAAUACGUAUAAGGGUAGCAUCAAAAACUCUAUUCUUCGAUUAGGUUUGCUGGGACAAAAUAAAGUCGGACAUCUUUUCUUCCGUUUCCUUUAUAUAUAUAUAUAUAGUUUAAUGACAAGACUAUGUUGUAGCAUAUAGGUUCUUUUUAAUAAUGACGAUGAAACGAACACUAAUCUACUAUUAAUUAUUACCACUCCUACUUAUACUCUACUCUUUUAAGACGAAACACUCUACCUGUACUGUUUUUCUGUUUAACGAAAUAGAUUGAAAAGAGCAAUUUCUAGAAAAUAUAGGACAAAACAAGAACACAAAAAUGCAUGCUAGAGGAUCCCGUCCUUAGCGGGUUUCGGGUACACAAACAAAAGAAGAAGAAAACACAAAAACGAAAAUUCUCAAAUUCAAUACAGUAUAGAAUCAAGAAGAAGUCCAUUGUUGACAGAGCCCUACCCCGUUUGACAAAAAUGUGGAAAACCGCUACUUAUACCGUUAAAUAGUUAUAUUGUACCUCCUGGUUGUACUACGACAGAAUAAGGAAGAACAGCUCAUGAUAAAAAGAAGGGAAAAUAAUCAUUUAAUUCUUUUGAACAUGGGCUGUUCCUUUUUAGAGUUUAUGCCAACAGCGGGGUAGAGCCGUUGACAGGCUGGUACUAUAGUCGCUAUAUUAAUAGUCUGGCGGAUAGAAUCUCGGGAACCAAUUGAGCUGUCAAAUAGCGGAACCAAUCGAGCAAAUCACGACCAACAACAGAAAAGGGCACAUCAGCUAUUGCGAACAAAACUUCGGCAACCCUUUUCUCGUGACUCAAGGCUCGCCUACGCAAACUAACACCAUCUUUGCUUUGGCGAAAGUUUCCCCUAUCCGAUGAUGCCGGUAAUUUGCGUUCGAUUGGCGAGGAAAGAAUCAUCUACGUUUUGUUUAUAAAACUUCAUAGUACCUUUUCAAUUGUUGGUCUAAAAUAUAUUGAAUUGGAUCCGCUUUAUGAUAGAUCGAAAUUCUAUCCGCAAGACUGUGAAUAUAGCGACUAUAGCUGGUACUGCCGGUAAUAAUUUCGCAUUGCAACAAAGCAAUUUCGGUUCGUUGGAUUCAUUCGUUGCGGUAUCACCCGGGGACCAAGAGAUACCGUUUCCGAGGUGGAUCACAACGGGAUGGAACGUUUUCGUCUACUACAGUAAAUUAUAUCUCGUUAUAUAUUAUUUCUAACUGUGAGAGAGAAAA